GACCAGCAGACAUUAGUGGUGUGUGGACAUGCCAGCAUCAUGAUAAUCCCAUUCACAGUUCUUUUCUGCCUUUGUGGCUUGCUGGACACAGCAUUUAGCAUAUCCUGCGUCUACUGUACUACUAAUACAUCAACCUCGUGCACAGGAACUGCAUAUAUAUGCUCUCCAUCCACCUCAGUAUGUUUAUCUCAAUUGACCAAACAAUACACAGAUAGUGGAUACCCCCCAAUGUACGUGUUCAAAAGAAUGUGCUCCUCCUCCUCUUAUUGUAACUAUAAGGGCACCAUGACAGACUUACAAUUUAAAACGGUGACAUCAACUACUUGUUGUACUACGAGCUCAUGUACCCCUACAAAACCCGUCUUGCCUGCAGUCAACACUGUACCCAAUGCUUACUCCUGCCCUGCCUGCAGCAGAACGGAAAUCGUACCGUGCCCCAUGGACUACGUCAUACAAUGUACAGGCAGUCAGGGCCAGUGCAUGCAGUAUGUGGAAAAUGAGGUUGUCACAACUGGGAGCGCCCGAUAUGACAACAUGACCGGCUGUUGUGAUGCCGCUUUCGCAGCGACGCUUCUUCCAUUAUUUUACAGUAGUUCCUCCGGGUACAAAUCGUACAUCCCUGCUUACCAAGCAACAACCUUAAAACCAAACAAUAUCCUGUUCUGUAACAACUACAUCAAUUCCACCGACCUAAAGCUUCUUUACAAUCCUUAUAUAUGCUUACCAACGGAGGACGUCUGUGUGACCGAGGUCUACCGAACUACAGAUGCUUUAGGUAAUGUACUUUCCGUGGACCAAGUAGGGAGAUGUGGGAACUCCAGUGAGUGCGGCCGGACCAUUGUGAUGAGUUAUCCAACGAGAAGCCUUGUUAUCAGCACCACCUGCUGUAAUACAAGUAGAUGUGUCCCACCUACCACCACGGCUCCUGCCGUGAGUCAAAAUACUGGCAACCUGAUGUGCAGAUCGUGCAACUCAAGCAGCUCUAACACGUGUCUGGAGGACAGCACCGUGCAGUGCCUGGACAAUCAGAAUCGCUGCGUCACGUAUAGCGCGGUAAAAAACGGAAGUACAUUGGUGACAUUGGAGUCCAUGAAAGGCUGCGGAACAGACAGCGCGUGCUACUACGGGGGCACCGGGAUCAGUGUCAAUGGGCAGCAGCCUGUCCAGAUCAAAAUCCUUUGUAAUGAUAGUAACAUUUUUAUUCCCAGCACUACUACAUCCAUCCCCCCUACUACUACUACAACCAGCCCUCCCAGCACUACUACAUCCAUCCCCACUACUACUACAACCACACCUCCCAGUACUACUACUUCCAUCAUCACUACUACUACAACCAGCCCUCCCAGCACUACUACUUCCAUCAUCACUACUACUACAACCAGCCCUCCCAGCACUACUACUUCCAUCAUCACUACUACUACAACCAGCCCUCCCAGCACUACUAUAUCCAUCCCCACUACUACUACAACCAGCCCUCCCAGCACUACUACACCCAUCCCCACUACUACUACUACAACCAGCCCUCCCAGCACUACUACAUCCAUCCCCACUACUACUACAACCAGCCCUCCCAGCACUACUACAUCCAUCCCCACUACUACUACAACCAGCCCUCCCAGCACUACUACUUCCAUCAUCACUACUACUACAACCAGCCCUCCCAGCACUACUAUAUCCAUCCCCACUACUACUACAACCAGCCCUCCCAGCACUACUACAUCCAUCCCCACUACUACUACAACCAGCCCUCCCAGCACUACUACAUCCAUCCCCACUACUACUACAACCAGCCCUCCCAGCACUACUACAUCCAUCCCCACUACUACUACAACCAGCCCUCCCAGCACUACUACAUCCAUCCCCACUACUACUACAACCAGCACUACUACAUCCAUCCCCACUACUACUACAACCAGCCCUCCCAGCACUACUACAUCCAUCUCCACUACUACUACUACAACCAGCCCUCCCAGCACUACUACAUCCAUCCCCACUACUACUACAACCAGCCCUCCCAGCACUACUACUUCCAUCCCCACUACUACUACAACCAGCACUACUACUUCCAUCGCCAUUACUACUACAACCACACCUCCCAGCACUACUACAUCCUCCCCCAGUACUACCAUAUCCAUCCCCACUACUACUACAACCAGCCCUCCCAGCACUACUACAUCCAUCAUCACUACUACUACAACCAGCCCUCCCAACACUACUACACCCAUCCCCACUACUACUACAACCAGCCCUCCCAGCACUACUACAUCCAUCCCCACUACUACUACAACCACACCUCCCAGCACUACUACAUCCAUCCCCACUACUACUACAACCACACCUCCCAGCACUACUACAUCCAUCCCCACUACUACUACUACAACCAGCCCUCCCAGCACUACUACAUCCAUCCCCACUACUACUACAACCACACCUCCCAGCACUACUACAUCCAUCCCCACUACUACUACAACCAGCCCUCCCAGCACUACUACAUCCAUCCCCACUACUACUACUACAACCACACUUCCCAGCACUACUACAUCCAUCCCCACUACUACUACAACCACACCUCCCAGCACUACUACAUCCAUCCCCACUACUACUACUACAACCAGCCCUCCCAGCACUACUACAUCCAUCCCCACUACUACUACAACCACACCUCCCAGCACUACUACAUCCAUCCCCACUACUACUACUACAACCAGCCCUCCCAGCACUACUACAUCCAUCCCCACUACUACUACAACCACACCUCCCAGCACUACUACAUCCAUCCCCACUACUACUACUACAACCACACCUCCCAGCACUACUACAUCCAUCCCCACUACUUCUACAACCAGCCCUUCAAGCACUACUACAUCCAUCGCCACUACUACUACAACCAGCCCUCCCAGCACUACUACAUCCAUCCCCACUACUACUACAACCAGCCCUCCCAGCACUACUACAUCCAUCCCCACUACUACAACCAGCCCUCCCAGCACUACUACAUCCAUCCCCACUACUACAACCAGCUCUCCCAGCACUACUACAUCCAUCCCCACUACUACAACCAGCUCUCCCAGCACUACUACAGCUAUUUCCACUACUACUACAACCAGCCCUCCCAGCACUACUACAUCUGCCCCAAGUACCACUACAACCAGCCCUCCAAGCACUACUACAUCCAUUCCCACUACUACCACAACCAGCCCUCCCAGCACUACUACAUCCUUCCCCAGUACUACUACAACCAGCCCUCCCAGGACUACUACAUCCUCCCCAAAUACUACUGCAACCAGCCCUCCCAGCACUACUACAUCUAUUCCCACUGCUACUACAACCAAACCUCCCAGCACUACUACAUUAUCCCCCAGUACUACUACAACCAGACCUCCCAGCACUACUACAUAUAUUUCCACUACUACAAUCAGCCCUCCCAGGACUACUACAUCCUUCCCAAAUACUACUGUAACCAGCCCUCCCAGCACUCUUACAUCCCUUCCCACUGCUACUACAACCAAACCUCCCAGCACUACUACAUCAUCCCCCAGCACUACUACAACCAGACCUCCUAGCACUACUACAUCCUCUCCCAGUACUACUACAACCAGACCUCCUAGCACUACUACAUCCUCUCCCAGUACUACUAAAUCUAGUACUACUACAUCUUCUGCCAAUACUGCUAAAACCAGCAGUCCCACCACUACUAGACCUUCUACCAGCACUACUACAACCAGUAUCACCAGAACAACUACAACUUUGCAGAGUACUACUAAGCCCAGAACUUCCAGCAGUAGUAGUAGUAGCACCAAGGUUCCACAAACAACCACUAAAACUACUACAAAAACUACUACAAAAACGACCACAAAAACGACCCCCACCACCCCAGAUUUCGCACACUUCUUCAAAAGUAAAAGCAACCGAGAAAGUUCCUCUCUUCCCUUUCUUCUGCUCUUUCCUCUGACUGCGUCCCUCGCCUCCCUUUAUUCCAUGACUUAGCCGAGUCAGCGAGGGUUACGGCUCUGGCAGGUCUUUAUAUCUGUUUGUGAUUUCCUUCGGGAUGCUUUAUAUUAUAGUUCUACCUUUUCUUUGUUUCAGAAAUGCACUUUCUUACCUUUUUUUCUUUACAAGGUAAAAGGCUCUGUCAUGUGAUCUCUUUUUCUGCAUAAUGGGGCGGAGUUACAGGAUACUGUGCAGGCACACCGUGUGCCUAUAUUCCAUAGUCUGUUUAGCCUUUGGCAAAAUGCAGGCUGUGCUUAAGCAGGGGGCGUGUUCAAGAGAAAGAAUGUGAUUGGGAGGGGGGUGUGUACCAAAGGGGGCUUGGUGGCUGAACAGACUAUCCAGUACAGGCAUGCUGUGUGUCUGCACAGUGUCCUGUAUCUCUGAUGGUCAGCCAAAGGAUAAAAACUGACCACACAAGCUUUGAUCAGCUUCUG